UCAUCCUCUAAAAAACCACAUGAACAACAGUAUGUGCAAAACAAAAGAUUGAAGAAAAAAAUCAGAGAAAUUGAAGAAAAAUGGUUCUGGAAAUCAUGGAACCAAACACAUGUGUACGAGGUUGUUGCCACAGCCAAACAAUCCCUCUCCAUCUCCACCCUUCUUCUUAUUCCCUUUCUUCCCCAAUCGCCAGAGGUGCAGAGAGUGUGGUGUAUGAAGCAAUUCUCGACGGUAGAAAAGUCGCCGUAAAAAAACCAGUUAUUUCUACUUCCGAUGACCUAAAUAAGUUCCACAAAGAGUUGCAAUUACUCAGCAAAUUGGAUCACCCGGGGAUACUAAAGCUAGUGGCGGCACAUGCUAAGCCGCCAAAUUACAUGUUUUUCUUCGAUUUCUACGAAAUCGGAAACCUUGCUCAGAAACUGCACGUGGAAGAAUGGAGUCCGAGUAUUGGUCAAGUGAUUGAAAUCACUUCUCAGUUAGCAAAAUCUCUGCUAUAUCUGCAUAACCUUGGCAUAUUACAUAGGGACGUGAAACCGGCAAAUAUUCUCCUAAACGAGAAUCUUGAUCCACAUCUAGCAGACUUUGGUUUGGCAGAAUACAAGAAAGAUCUAGAACAAGUUUCUGUUAAGAACUGGAAAUCCUCUGGCAAACCGACCGGCGGUUUCCAUAAAAAGAAUAUGGUCGGCACGCUUAUUUACAUGGCACCCGAAGUGCUCACUAAAGAGAUUCAAACGGAAAAGUCGGAUGUCUAUAGUUUUGGAAUCACUGUUAACGAACUUCUUACUGGUGUAGUACCGUAUACCGAUCUUCGAGCAGAAGCACAGGCUCACACAGUCUUGGAAAUGAACUACACCGAACAACAACUCACUGCAGCUGUGGUUUCCGAAAGAUUACGACCCGUUCUUGCGGGUCUCGAUUCUGGUGCAUCAACCGAUUUUCUCUCUCUAAUACAGAGAUGUUGGGAUUCGAAUCCUCAAAAUCGACCCACUUUCGAUGACAUCGUUUUGGAGCUCGAUUCGAUGCUCGGACGUGGAGAAAAAACAGAUGAGAAGUUGGAUUUUUCGAAUAGUAUUCGAAGUUUUCAAGAACCUAUAAAUUGGUACAGCCACGGCCUGGAUUUCUCAGAGACAGCUUGUAUUUCAUUUGAGGAUCUCGUUUCCACAAAUGAUGCUAGGGUUUAUUGUCCGGUUCUUUCUUGGGGUUCGUUUUCAACUUGUGGGAGAAGAGAAACAAUGGAGGACACCCACUUUAUGAAACCUAAUUUUGGUAAUGAAAAGGAUAUCCAUUUCUUCGGGAUUUUGGAUGGUCAUCGAGGUGCUGCGGCCGCCGAGUUUUCAGCUGGAGCUCUACCUGGAUUUUUACGAACUCUUGUUUCAAAAAGCAGUCCAUCUCAAGCACUGGUCGAAGCGUUUGUCGAGACUGAUAUUGCAUUUAGGAACGAACUAAAUUCUCGUCGCAAAUCGAAGGGAGUUAUUCAAAAGGACUGGCACCCUGGCUGUACUGCAAUGACUGCUCUCGUAAUUAAAGACAAAUUAUUUGUUGCUAAUGCCGGUGAUUGCAGAACAAUUAUUUGUCGUGCAGGAAAUCCUUUUGCUUUAACCAGGGAUCAUGUGGCUAGUUGUCUCGAGGAGAGAGAACGUGUUAUAGGUGCAGGCGGACAAGUCAAAUGGCAAGUCGACACAUGGAGGAUCGGUCCUGCUGCUCUCCAGGUUACGAGAUCAAUUGGCGACGAUGAUUUAAAGCCAUUUGUAACUGCGGAACCCGAGAUAACCGAAACUUUGCUAUCAGCUGAAGAUGAAUAUAUAGUGAUGGCGAGUGAUGGGCUAUGGGAUGUUAUGAGAAACGAAGAGGUUGUAAGUAUAAUAAGAGACACAGUAAAAGAGGCAGGAAUGUGUUCGAAGAGACUGGCCACUGAAGCUGCCGAACGAGGCAGCAAAGAUAAUAUCACGGUUAUCGUAGUCUUUUUACGUCCAGUUUCUACAGCAGAGAGGAUUUACUAGCUUUCAUAAACUACGGUUUCAUUACCUAGAACUGGAGGCAAUUGGAGAGGAUGAAAAGGAGGGAAAGAAAAAGCUCGAAUUCUUCUGUGCAGUUGAAUUUGAUUUAUUUAAGUACUUUAUUAUUGAUUGUGUUUUUGGGUAAUUUACAAGAAAGCCCCUUUACUUAAGUCUAUUUACAGAAAAACCCCCUCCCAUGUUUAUAAUUACCAAGAGACCCUAAAGUUUGUUGCAUUCGUACACUGUAUGUGAAUUUGAAGGAAUCUUGUUGAUUCCGUUGAAUAUUCCUCAAAAAAUACCAUUUUUACUCUCGGGUAUGAUUGUAAAUUUGUAAUAAUAUUGUUUCAUGAGGGGGUAACUUGUUAUAUUUGUUCGGAAUAAUUAAGCAUGACCGUUUUGUACUAGUUGUUGUGUAUGAGGGGUUUUAUUGUAAUGUUUUUUUUUUUAUUU